AUGUCUUCUCCCUCCCUUCCGCCCCCCGGUCCGCAUGACCAUGUUUCGCCGGACGACCCGCGUGCGGUUUGGCCGUACGAUCCGUCAUUUGCCGCGGCACUGCUCUUCCUCGCCCUGUUCGGGGUGUCGACGAUCCUCCAUACCGUGCAAAUGUUCCGGUACAGAAAGUGGAUUUCCUGGGUCAUCAUUAUGAGCGCCCUCUGGCAGGUUGUCGGAUUCGUACUCCGCGUACUCUCCACCAGGCACCAACUGAACAAAGGCUACUACUCUGCCUUGCAAAUCGUCAUCCUGCUCGCCCCGUUAUGGACCAACGCCUUCUGUUACAUAUGCCUCGGUCGCAUGAUCGGCUACUUUGUUCCUGAUCGCAAGCUCAUCGGUAUACGUGCCGCGCGCUUUUCCUGGCUGUGGAUCUGCCUGGAUUUCGUUGCAUUCGUCGUUCAAGCUAUCGGUGGAGGCAUGGCUGCCAACACUGGCCACACCGCCUCCGACGCUCGCGAGGUUCAGAACGGUCUCCAUGUUUAUAUGGGCGGUAUCGCGCUCCAGCAGUUCUUCAUCUUGUUGUUCCUCUUCAUCGCGUACAACUUCCAGCGGAAGGUGAGCAGGGCCCCGGCCUCGCAAGUGCCACCGUACAAGUGGAGGCAUCUGCUUUACGGGCUGUAUGGUGCUCUCGUACUUAUCACGAUCCGUAUCAUCUAUCGUCUCGUCGAAUUUUCGGGUAAAAAUCUCACUAAGGGCUUCGUGCCCUCGCAUGAAGUCUUCUACUACUGCUUCGAUGCGCUCCCGAUGCUGCUUGCGAUUUGGAUCUUCCAUGUUGUCCACCCUGGCCGGUACCUUGUACCCGAGGGUCGCAGAGACAACGCCCAAGCCGCCUCCCGCCGCUCCGAGUCGACGCUCGAGAAGCGCGACGCGGAAAUGCACCAGGCAGCGCCCAAGGCACAGUAA